ACGGAUGCGUCGGGUCGGCGGCAGGUGUGAGAGAUUUUCCUGUCGGCUCUGUCAACGGAUUGUACCUUACAUUUACAUUAAAAAGCUAUAGUUCUCAGACCUGAUUGUUUUAUUGUGAUUUUUAUUUAAACUGUAAGCUACGUCACCACUCGGCUACACUAGUUUAAAAUACAACUCAUUAAUAAAUCAUUCUUUACUUAGUGUGCAAGUGGUGACUUAUCCUGAAGGCUAUUGAAAAUGAAGUUUUAUGAGAAAGUGUUAUUGGGGGCUGCAGGCACUGCUGGAACUGGAGUUGUGGCAGUUAAAACGUUGUUCCCUUGGAUACAGCAUGACUUAAGGCAAAUGAAUGUGGAGAGCAGAAUGAUGAAAUUUCAAGAAAAAGAGAUGCAGUCAUUUUUGAUUGACAAGUUUGAAAAGCAUGUUCAGGACACACCAAAAAAGCCAUUUAUUAUUUUUGAGAACACUGUUUACACAUUUGAGCUCAUUGACCAGCUGGCUUGUAAAGUGGCCUACAUUGCCAAGGGUUUGGGCCUGGGACCACGUGAUUGUGUGGCAAUAAUGAUACAGAAUGAACCAAGUUUCAUUUGGACCUUUUUGGGUAAGUUUACAUAUUUAUUAAAAUUUUAAGAAUUAAAUUUUGUAUAAUCAUUGAAUAUUUUACAACAUCCAUCCCAUGUGGGGCUUUGACCUGUCUCACCACAUCCUUCCCCUCAGACCUGACUGAUUCUUUUCUUUUAAAUGCUUGGAUUCCCAGCUGCUGUAUAUCUCUCCACAAAAUCCAUCUAUUUAAGCCUAGGUUUUCCUUUGAUUCGUUUUCCUCUGGGGUUUUGGUGAUGCACCUUCAUCACUCCUCUGUCAUUUGGAAUUCUUAUGACACACCAGAUGAAAUGAUUUUUCUAUUCCUUUAUACUUUAAGCUUUUCUCUAACUUAAUAAAAAUCAAUAAAUACUGUAGGUGAAGUCUGUAAAUGAUGAAAAUCUAUUUUUAUAUUUAAAAAAUACCUUACAGGGCUUUUGAAACUUGGCAUUGCUGUGCCAUUUAUAAACUACAACCUGAGAAUGCAUCCUCUGAUUCAUAGCAUACUGGCAGCAGAACCAAAGUAUUUGAUAGUUGGACCAGGUGAGAAAAAGAUAAAUGCCCAUUUGUGUUCCUUCUUUCCAUGCCCCUUCCAACAAACUCUCAACUCUUAGAUCCUAAAUGUUAUUUAUUUGCAAAUUACCCUUUUUAUAAUUAAAGACUAAAUUAAUUUUGUUUAAAUAAAUUUUGAAAUUUACAUCCCAGUUUUAAAAUGAUUUUUUUUCUACUUAUAACAAAUAAAUAUUCAUAAAAAUGUACAUUUUAAAAACUUUGAUUUGUAGGGGAAGCAAUCCUGGAAGGAGUCACCAAUGUUAUAGACAGUCUUGGCAAUUUGAAAGUGUUUGUACAAGGAUUAGGGACAAAGCCAGCACCAAAUGGAUUACAUUCAUUUGAUCCCCUGAUGACUACAGCCCUGCCAACUGCAGUUUGUCCUGCCAUCAGGAGCAAUCUAACACUGCAGGAUAUCUGUUGUUAUGUAUACACAUCUGGAACCACAGGUAAAAAUUAAAAGUUUAUAAUUGUAGAUUAUUGAAUUUAAUAUAGAGCGUGAGAAUAAUAAUAAACAUUCUGACAUUUUAAGUCAAUUAUUUUUUUAAAAUCUUGAGUAUUACUAUUGUUAAGUAAUAAGUUGAAAUUAAGAAUUAUGCUUAAUAUAAAUUAUGUUUAUAAAAAAUACCAUAAGGAUAGAGAAAAUCUAUUCCUGUCAACUUGUUUGAGUUUUUCACUGUCAGCAGAAUAUAUUUCUUUCUUUCUUUUUUUGUUUAUUAACAUCAUUAAAUUUUUUUUCAUGGGGGAAAAAAUUAUUAAAUGAAAAAAUAAUAGAACAAAAUUAUGCUAUUGCUACAUUGAAUGAUCCCAAUAUCAAUAAGACUCUAGAACCUGUGAUAAAAGUAAGCUCAAUUUUUCAAUUUUAAAUUAUUAAACUUUGGUAUAAAAUAUAUGUAAUUCUAAUUAUUACAUUUGUGUGUGUAAUGCUUUAGGUAACCCAAAGCCAGCGAUAAUCAGCCAUUUAAAAAGCAUUGCUGCUGGAUGUCUCUACCAAGUUGUGGAAUUAGUCAAAUCAGAUGUCUUAUACAUUGUCCUGCCUUUAUAUCACAGCUCAGGUGGAGGCAUAGGGCAAUGUGGUGCUCUAACUACAGGUCUUUCUUCUGUCUCAAAUUAAUCAUAGAUGCCAAAAAAUAUAUUUUUAGCAUAUUUAUGACAUGAUGUAGGCCUAUAUUACUCAAUUUUCCGUUACUAAUUGUGUAAAAUUAAAUUAAUUUCUUUUAAUUGUUUUAAUUGUUUUUUUAAAAGGAGCAACAGUUGUUUUAAGGAAGAAGUUUUCUGCUCAUCACUUUUGGUCUGACAUUCACCUGUAUAAUGUAACAGUGAUAUCCUAUAUUGGAGAACUUUUCAGAUAUCUACUUACUCAACCACCUGUGAGUUUACUUAUACAAAAUACAAAUUCAGAGUAUUGAUUUUACAUAGCCUUGUAAGUCACUACCCAAAUGUGUUCCCACCAAAUGUGAAUAUUCAGAGAGAGAAGUGGUCAGCCAUUUUAUUCACAUAGUUCCAAAAACUGAUUGCCUCUUAUUGUAGAAUUUUUUUAUUGACAAGGUUUAUAAAUGACAUCAUACAUAAGUUACUUCAUUUGGACAAAAGUUAAAAAUAUAUAUUUAUUUUCCUCAAGUUGAAUUUUUUUUUUCCCAAUGUAUAAAGUUAAAGGUAUUACUUGGAAAAAAAAGUUACAAAGUAUCCUCUGAUGUAUUAAGCCUCUGGUUUAAACUUAAAUGAUGAAUUUUUUUGUACACACUAAAAAAAAAAGUAAAUUAAAGUUAAACUGCUUUUCUUUAAAUUUAUUUUUUUUAAAACAUGCAAUUUUGUCUUGAAUUUUCUGGGAACAGAGAUGUGAAGUUGAAAAGUAAAAGUUUUUAAUUGUGUUAAACCAAUUUUGCUAAACUUUUAUUGUCAUCAUUCUUAAUUACUUGCUGAAUGUUGCAGAAUAGUUUGGAAAGUACUCAUAAAGUGAGAGCUGCCUUUGGAAAUGGUCUGAGAAAAGACAUUUUUGAGAAAGUGCAGAAACGUUUCAAAAUCCCUGUCAUUGUGGAAUUAUUUGGUGCCACAGAAGGAGUCAGAACACUUUUUAAUUUGUCAAAUGAACCAGGGGCUGUAGGAAGGCUUUCUCCUUUAUUGGUAAAUCUUUUUUAUUGAGGGUUAUCUUAAAAGAAUGUAUGAAUUUAAUUUGUUAAUUUAGCAGUAACAUCAUUUGGGAACCUAUUCAAGGUUAGCUGGCUGUAUAAUUUUUUUUUAUGAACUUGAGAAAAUACACUUUUAUUUCAUUAUUUUUUUCAAUGGUUCUUUUUUAUGUGUAAAGGGUAACAACAAUUUUCAAAAUAAAUAAUAAAAUCAAAUAAAGAUAUAUAAAAUAAUUAAAUCUAUAAUUAAAUGUUACAGAGAAGAAUUGAGUCUAAUCCAAUAGCACUUGUCAAGUUUGACUAUACAACUGCAGAACCCAUACGUGACAAGAAUGGUUUGUGCAUUCAAGUUGGCAUUGGUAGGUUUAUAAAUGUUUGGCGGUUCAUGAAAUCAUAAAAAUUCUGAUUAUAUGGUACCCCUGUAAUAAAAAAAUAUAAUCUUAGCUGGUAAAAGUCAGUCUUACAAAAAAGUGAAUUCCAAAAUGUUAAUUGAAAUCACACAAAAUACAUAAUGUAUUUGUAAGUUUAAAAAAUAUUUUAUGCAAAUUUCAGGUGAGCCAGGUCUUAUCAUAGCAAAAGUUCCAGAUCCUCUUAUUACAAAUGGUUCACUUACUGUUUACCGAAGUAGCACGAGGGAAGCAAAUGAGAAGAAGCUAGUGAGGGAUGCCUUUAAGAAAGGAGAUCUUUGGUUCAAUUAUGGAGAUGUUCUCAUCUUAGAUAAAAACUACUUCUUAUAUUUCAAUGACAGAAUUGGGGAUACAUUCAGGUAGGUUUGUAUUAUUGAAUUUCCUUCAUCCCAUAAAGUAGUUCCCAAAAGUACAAAACAGAGUAAAUCUCUUUUGAAAGUUAAUUAAUAAGGUAUGUCUUUUUUCUUUAUAUGAAAUAAAACAAGAGUUACUGAAAAAUGUGUCAUUUGUGUAGAAUGAUGCUGUUUGUGGACAGUGCUAGUUCUGUCAAGGUCCCAUGAAACUAUUUCAUGUCCUAUUUAUACCUUUGAUUGUCUCUGCAGAUGGAAAGGUGAGAAUGUGUCUACAAUUGAGGUGGGAAAUGUGAUGACUGCCUUGAAGUUUAUUGAAGAUGCUAAUGUUUAUGGGAUCACAAUUCCAGGUAAAUUUGCUUAAUUUUUUUUUAAUGCUAUAUUUAUAUAUAUAUAUUUCAUUUGUACAAAUCCAUGCAAAUGAAACACUCAUUUAAUGCUAAAAUUUAGAGCAGAUGUAAAUAAAGCAAUAUUUCAUUUUUUUUUUACUAUGUAUAAUUAUUCACACUUUUUCAUGCUUAAUGUAAAUAUUUGAUAUAAUAAUGAAACAGUCUUCCAUCACAAUGGAAAUAUGACCCUGUGUUAAGAAACAGACAUAAGAUUUGUGGGCAAGAACCUGGGAUUCAUUUCCUGCCCUUUUUCAUGUGAUCUCCACAGUUAAUAUGGAGCUGAGGAUAUAGUUGUAGUCUUGUAGACACCACAUGGGAGGAGGCAUAAAAUGCUGGACAGAUUUCAUUUUUGGUAGCAGUCUGUCUUUAUAUUCAGGUGUGCAUAAAUGGGUUAGCUCCCUAAUCAUUUAACUUCUAUCUGUCACUCCCAAACCAGCAAGCUCGUCUGUACUUGGACAGUAAUGUGAACUUUAGUAAUUUUGCGUAUGUGCAUUGUGUCCUAGCUUUUCCACCACAAAAUGAAUACUCACCAAUAAAGUUGAAUUUAAAAAAAAAAACUUCUUACAAGAACUACAUUUAUAGAAACAGGUUAAGCCCAUUUUUUGCUAUGUUCUCAUCCCAUGUUUUUGUCAGGCUGGUAAAAAAUAAUUUUAAUGUUAUAUUUUUAAUAGGCCAUGAUGGUAGAGCAGGCAUGGCUGGCAUCACAAUAAAUGUUGGAGCCACCUUAGGAGAUAAAGAACUGAACAAAUUAUAUGAACAUGUAUGUGAAGAACUCCCAACGUAUGCAAGGCCAUUAUUCCUACGUCACUUAAAAGAAGCAAGCCUUACUGGCACAUUCAAACAGCGUAAAGUGGAGCUAGUCAAUGAGGGCUUUGAUGUCAAUUUAGUCAAGGAUGAUUUGUACUUUUUAAACCAUGAGAAAAAAACUUACAGUAAACUUACUUCAUCUGAUCUAUCCAAAUUUUUGUCAUCCAAAUUAUAAUUUUAUUAUUUUUUAUUUGUUAGAAAGCAUUCAUGGUGAAGUUAAGAAAUCCAACUAGAGUAUAUUGAUUUCUUUUUAAAUAUGAUUCACUGUAUUAUUUCACUGAAAAUUUUAAAGUUUAAUUUAGUGUAUAUUCUAUGCAGCACCUGUAUCUUACUUAAAGAUGCUAAUACAAUACAAUAAUUUUGAUUUUAUUAUUUUUAUUUGCUUUAUUUGAUAACGAAAUGGUAAAAGUCAGAACUAAAAGUGUAUUUUUUUUAAAAAGCUAUAGGCCUACACUAAUUAGUCUUUAAGAUUAUAAAAAAAAAAACUUUCUCCAAUCAGAACCAUUAUUUGGCACUUUAGUAUAUUUUGACUUAACUUCUGACUGGCUUAUUUAGCUGCCCAAAAUAGAAGAGUUUUCCUUUUUUAAAAAAAAAAAAAUUUUUUUAAUAAAUAAAAACAAAAUUACUAUUUAGCAUUUUGUCUGGCCCUUUAUCAAUUUUUUUUAUAAUUAUAUACAUAUUAUUUUUAUGUCAUUAUUUUUUAACAAGACAUUUGAAUAGCGAAUUUAAAUCCAUUGCAAAAUUAUUAUAGUAUAAUGAAGUUAUAAAUGAGUUAACUGUCAAUAUGGUUUUGAAAAUGUAUUAGACUUCUCCAUUGUUUCGUGCCCCCCCUCACCCUUGGCGAAAGUCAAGUCGCCCCCCCNAUGGAAAGGAGAGUAGACAGAAAGUCUUUAAAAAGGCCCUCCUGGAGUGAACUGGACCGCCCCUUCCGCCCAGCCUUCUUACGGCACUGGCCCUGCCCACCCGAACUUCUGAAAUGCACCCCCCCCCCUCCCGCCCGGAGCAAACUGUCUGAAAUAAACACUGGUCUUCUCUUAGCAUGAGCGACCAUCAGAAUAGUUAUGGCCAAAAAUAAUGAAACUUUCCCCCAAAAAGGAAGAAAAAAGCUCAAAGUCAAAGCAUUAUUUUUGUAACCUUGGUCAGUGUUACUACUGUUACACAAAGUGCUGGUUUGCUGAUGGAGUAGGUAAACAAAAUCGCAGAUUGGAAAGUAUUUUUAUGACAUAUUUAAGGUCCAAAGAACAGAAAAAUCAUUAAUAAAUCUGACACCGGUCGCUGGUCCCGGUCAAUCAAACUUAAACGUUUGGGAAACACUGAUGUGGAUGAACGCUUUGCUCCUCCCUUGAUCCCUGUUUUCAAGUCUUAUACCGUUUAUCGAUGUACACAUUUUUGUUGAUGUACACAUUUUGUGCUACACUUUUCAGUGUCACCUUGUUAUUGUCAUGCUUAAGCAGUAUAAGUCAUAAGUCUAAGAUUGUAUGCUCCCGAUGCAUUGUAAACGUUAUAAUAAAAGAAUGUAAUCAAACCAUUUCACGAUAAGUCUUGUCUAUUUUGUGAACAAACUGUUUUCAUUUUGAAAUGAGUUAACUGAGUUAACUCCAGAAAAAUGUUUUUGAAAAAAAAAUAGUUAUUAAAACAAAGAUCACGCGUUUCCAAAAAAAAUGUAUUAAUUAAAAAAAUAUAACAUAAAUUCCUACCCCGUUUUUUCAAAUUUAAAAAAAAAUAAAAAAAUCAACAACUUCAAUGUUGCUUCAGUCAUAUGACUAAAAAAGCCUGGGAUGCCCAUGAAAUCCAGUGGUGUCGUAUGACUUGAUAAAUACAAUGUUGUAAGUUGUAGCCUACACAUGCAAACGUUUGCAUUGCAGCAAGUAAAUGUUAUGUGACUCAAUUAUUAUGCUACAGCAGAGCCGUUCUUAGAAUUUUGGGGGGCCCUAGGCAUGGAGCGUAGGUAGGGCGGAGCUGAGGAGAAAACACCACCCACCACUGCGGUAUCUCCAUUCCGCCUUCGCCACUGUUUCCUCUUUGCUCGCGAAUAACCACUAACCCUAUUGAUAAUUCCGCCACUAGAGAAAAUGUGCACUUCUGAAAUAGAUUGACUUGCAAGUUGUAGUUGAAAAGAAGCGGCGGUGCCCUAGGCCCUAGUUUGCCUAUACCUAAGAACGACUGCUGGAUACAUGGAAAUAAUCAUGGAUAAUCAUGGAAAUACGAGUUCUCACAACUGCCUUUCAUUACUGGUGUAUUACUUGUAUGCUCCCAUCUGUCGUGAUCUCGACAAGGGCAAUGAAAUUAGCGAUAUCGUUGUGUGCAUGCCUUUGCAAUUUUUAAGAACAUUGAGUUCAUGGGCGCCCCACGCGUUUUUCCCCCCUCCCAGUCAUAUGACUGUAAAACUCUGAACUUUUAAGAUAUAUUUCGGAAGAGCGUGUGUUUUUUUAAGUAUUGUUUUAUUUUGUACUUUUAAGUCUUGGAAGAUGUGAGACACAAAUGAAUAUAACGGAGCAUGAUUUUAAGAAUAGUCUAUAAUUAAAAUGUAAAAAUUUAUGCUUUAAAGUAUGAUACUUUUUACGUAAUAUACUGUGCUUAGUGACUAGUAAUAUCGGUCAGUUCAAUUGGAGAUUAGUAAGAGGGUCAAAACUGGGAUGCAAGAUUUGGCCACACACAAACUAACAAACGGACAUUGCAACCUAAGAAAAAAGCUCGUGCAAAAAAAGAGAAUAUGGGAUAACCUAUUGCAGGCCCCAUGGUUGACAUUUUUGCAAUUAAUAGGGGCCUACAUCUUCGAUAAUCCUUGUUAUUAAAUUUUGAUCUGAAAUUAAAAUACAGAUAAAAAGAACAAUCCAAGUAUGGGUAUAGAGAUACAUAAGGGCUUAGUUGUAAUAUUGAAUCAAAUAUGUGCAUAAAACGAAAUGAAUCUGAAGUAUCGUCUUCGUUUUCCGAUGUGACAUAGAUUUGGCCCCGUCUCAUUUUGUGCUAAGCAUAAAAUAACACAGUAGUUACACCAGUGUUAGGUAACGUAUAAUGAAACAAUGUGUUAUCUCGUUUUCUGCACUUUAAUAGUUAGAUAUAAACGUCUGGUUGGAUCGUGGCAGUCAUCAUCGCACACCCAACACUUACCAGGUACUCCGUACCCCGUCGGGUGCUAUCAAGUCUAGUUGUGUCAAGGUUCAAGGAAGACAAGCUUCGAAUUAAAAAUUAUUUAUCUUCGAUAGAUAAGUAGGGCUACUGUUGAAUACCACAGGUAAAUACUGCAGCUAUGUAUGCAUGAUAAUAUAAAGACCUUCUCAUUUUCGUGCAUAGUAUUAUUUACAUUUUUGCUGAUUAUUAAUGCAUUAUUGUUUUUUUUUUUUUUUUGGUAUCGUGUAAUGAACUUUAGUUUAUUGUCGUCAAUUUUAUAUCAAUAUUCAUAUAUAAAAUAAGGAAGACAUUAAUUAAACUCAUAUGUCCUCUUUACUUAACGCCAUUAACAGAAUCAGAAUUAUCUUUUAAAUUCAAUUCAUUUCCAGAAGACAACCCCACCCCUCUUUCUGUAACUAAAAAGAAGCUUCAACACCUUCACACAAAAUGCUGAUAUGUAGAUUUCUUGCAAAUUGAAAUUAACAGAAUAAUGACGACUCAGCAUUGAAGAGACAUGAAGAAUGUUCCAUAACUCCUCAUCAAACCCGGAGUACUCGAUAAAUGUUUAAGUCCCAUGUCUAGAAGAUCCGACAGGUCCUGUUUCUAAAGUAUUUGAAUUAAAUUUAAUUUUCAGGCUGUCGCCUGGCAUGACCAAAGAGUAUAAUUUUCUUAAAAUUUUUUAAGAUAAUUUAUUCACGAAGCAUGGAGCCGGAAAAGAAAAUAUCAGUGGGAACAACUGGAACGACUGGACAAGAGGUCGUGACGUGGGACACCGUAAAGCCGUGGAUUGAACACGACCUGAAACUGAUGGCAAAGACAAGCAAGAUGUUAAAAUACCAGGAGAUGGCCAUGCAGUCUUUUCUCGUUGACAAGUUUGAAAAGCAUGUACGGGAAACGCCCAAAAAAUCGUUUAUCGUUUAUGAGGACACAAUUUACACAUUUGAACUUGUUGACCAGCUAGCUUGUAAAGUUGCGUGCAUCGCCAAGGGUUGGAGCCUGGGACCACGUGAUUGCGUGGCAAUAAUGAUGCAGAAUGAACCAAGCUUCGUUUGGACCUUUCUGGGUUAGUAAACAUUUCAUUGACUCCGUAUUAAAAAUAUGGUGUAUUUUUGUUGUAAAUGUGUUUUUGUGAUGCAUUUAUUUUAUACUCUUAGCAUUGUAGCCCCGAGUCCAAGGAAGCUUAAAAAAAAUACAUGAAAAAAUAAACCUCUCUUUAAAAUGUUUUUUUCUUCUAAUGACGUGCAACUUUUUGACCUAUUCAUUUAAAAUAUUUUGGGUUAAGAAAGGAAUGCUCAUAAAUUUUAUUAGCCAGAUGCACCAUAAACAUUCUUUAAUGGAUAUUAAAAUUGAUACAAGAACCAGGGCAGGCUUUACAGCAGUGGGGGUGGGGGGCUGGGCAAAGUAAUUCACUGAGGCUCCCUAUCCCUCUAUAUACUCAGGGCCGUGAGCAGGAGAGGGCGAGAGGUCCAUUCACCCCUGGCGCCCAAAUCGUCUUGAUAGCCCCUUAGUAGGGAAUAAACGAUAAAAUCCCAUUUAAAUGGGGUGCCUAAAGGGUCGUACUAGUCCACCCUGGGCGCCGCUUUUCACAAUAGCGUAAAAGUCAUGUAAUUUAUGAAAAGCAUUAUGGCCCAGUUUGGCCCAUCCAUUUUGACCAAUUUCUUUCAGGUAAUUUUAUCAGCCGGGUUGGGGGGGGGGGGGGGUGGUUGUUAGGGUUACAUUUCAAUCGUUGGGGGGACGGUACAGGGCAUCUAUCAUCUCCGAAAUUAGGCAUUUAGACGCCCAGGGUAAGCUCUGUAAUAUUAUGGCCCAGUUUGGCCCAUCCAUUUUGACCAAUUUCUUUCAGGUAAUUUUAUCAGCCGGGUUGGGGGGGGGGGUGGUGGUUGUUAGGGUUACAUUUCAAUCGUUGGGGGGACGGUACAGGGCAUCUAUCAUCUCCGAAAUUAGGCAUUUAGACGCCCAGGGUAAGCUCUGUAACACUCUUUGAUUUGUUUCAAACCGACAAUUAAUCAAAAGGCAUCUUUUUAAUAAAACUAGUACCAAAAAAAAUUAUUUGAAAAUUGAAAAAAAACUGGAGAAACGGUCUUCUCGCUGCAUUUUGUAGGCAAAUUAAAUUGGCAAAAAGUAUUUCAAUUUUCAUUAACAAAAUUAGCAGCAUAAUAUCUCUAAAAGCGGCGUGAGACCCCCUAGAGACAUUGAGGCCCCCCCCCCCUUGAGGCAUGAGGCCCCCCUAGAAGCAUGUCCAGAGUAAUCAUGCCUUAAGAGCAAUGACAAUGAUUGCAAAUGGCGUAGUCCUACGUCUUUAAAUUGAGGUCACAUAUAUAUAGUUAAAUCCAUAGCAAACAACGAGUUUCAUGUCAUGUAACAGGUUUGCAUUGGUAUUUACUAACAACAAAAUUUUAUCAUGCGUUGUAAUGUCGGGGAUUAAAAGCAACAACAUAUUAGUCUAUUUUUUAAUCACGCAGAAGUUUUACAAAUUAAUAAUUUAUAAGAAUCCUUCGACAUACAUAAAUUCUCAAUUUUAAAGGUCACAUAUUUGAUCUUGAUUAGGCCUACCUAGAAUGAAUAUAACCAAAUGCCAAAAUACAGACAUCAAAUGAGCGCCUUUUGAAAUAAACUAUAAAAAUAAUUAAUACCAAGACAACAUGACUGUUACUUAGGUACAGUGUAAUAUGUAACUUCAAAUCAUAAUCAUUGAAAUAAAUAAUUAUCUCAAAAAUAAUUAAUCUAUUUUUUUUAUAGGUUGCAAUUGACACAUCUUUAGUUAAAAGUUUCCAUUAUUUACAGGACUCCAAAAGCUUGGUAUAUCUGUUGCCUUAAUAAACUACAAUCUAAAGAUGCAUCCCUUAAUUCAAAGUGUACUGGCAGCAGAACCUAAAUAUUUGAUUGUUGGACCAGGUGAGCAUAGUUUUAAUAUUUAAUUUAAAAGAAUAUAGUAUCCAAUGUUGGCCUAAACUUCACUCAAAGCAUUAACUUUGUAAUAAAAAUUAAACUUAUUCAUUUUACUUGUCCUCUUUUUUGAAAAAGAUAAUAUUACAUAAAUUCAGUUGUGAAAAUUAAAUUAUUGAAAAUCAUAUAUUAAAAAAUCAAUUAGUAAUUAAAAUACAACUUGAGGAAUGUAAUUUUGAGGGUUUUUUUUUUCAAGGGGAAGUUAUCCUGCAGGCAGUAAGUGAUGUCAUGAAUAGUCUUGGAAAGAUGCAUGUGUAUGUUCAAGGGUUAGGUACCAUGGCUGCCCCAAAUGCAAUGCAUUCAUUUGAUUCAUUAAUGGCUGCAGCUGUCCCAACAAAUAUAUUUUCUGGUGCCAGGCGAGACAUGAGCAUGGGCGAUACCUGCUGCUACAUUUACACAUCUGGAACCACAGGUAGUGGCCAUUCACAUUUUGAGUAAAGAAAAUAUUUUGCAAGAUAUUGAUAAUGAUUUAUAUAUUAUUGAUGAUUUAUUUCUGUUUGCAAGCAUGGAGUGGAUAUCUAGUGGAAAAUUUAAUCAUAUUAAGGUGGAUCCUACUCACAUACCUUCAUGCUUAAGAGCCCAACUUUAGAGUGGCAGUCCCUGUAGCACUUCAAGAAAACCAUAUUUAUGAGACCUGUGAUAUUUUUUUAAAACCGUUGCCAAUCAUUAUCAUAAAAUUGUGUUUUAUAAGCCAUUUUUUGGUGUAUUAACAUAAAACUGAGCAGCUUCUUAUCAAUAUCAUUGUUUUACUUUGUGUAAGGCUGAUAUUAGCGAACAUUUACAUUAUUUAUUAGUUUUGAAAAACUGCAUUUUUGUGACUAUGGGAGUUUGAGGCUGUAAACAAGGAAACAAGGGUAUAAAAGAAGUGAGGAAGGUAAACGCUCUAGUUAGUUUCCACAUCUUACAAUUACAAUUGUCGGGAAUAAUAAUAAUAAUACAGUGGUCUUAUAUAGUGUGGUACCCCAGCCUAGGGCUGGGCUCACAGCGCUUCACAUAAAAAUACUGGCAAAAAGAAACAUGACAUUAAAAAAAGUAACAUAAAUUUAUUUAUUUAAAAACAGUUUUAUAAGAAUAUUCACCUCAACCACCCCAGAACUAUUUACAUAUCAACCCAUGGACGACACCCAGCAGCCUCGUUUAUCUGUCAGAGGGGGUGAGAAUCAGUCAGGAUGGUACAGUUUUGAGGGAUUGGGCUUGAGUGCAGUUUUGAAGGCCUGGAUGGUCGGUAUAUUGUGUAAUGGGAGAGAAUUCCAUUGUUUGGGGACACAGAAAGAGCAAGAUCAUUCACCAUAUGUUUUAGUGUAUGUCUUGAGAACAGAAAGAAUAUGCAUGUCCGCAGAGGAGUGAAGCUGUCAAAGGGGAGAACAGAUUGAAAGUAGUUUGGUUAGAUAGGAAGGGCAGGAAUUGGAGAAAAAUUUAUGUCAGAGAACAGUUUUUAACAGUUAGUUUUCAUAUCUUACAUCAGUAAACAUUUCAAACACUGCACUUGUUAGUGUUUUUUUUUUAAAAUAAUGUAUAAUUUUAGGCAUUAAAUCAUUAACAUUUACUAUUAAAACAAAUAUUUUCAUGUUCUAGGUAAUCCAAAGCCUGCAAUAGUCAGCCAUUCAAGGAGCAUUGGCAUGGGAUGUCGCCUGCAGAUGGUGGACUUGGACAAAAAUGAUGUAUUGUACAUUGUACUACCCUUGUACCACAGUUCUGGUGGAGGCAUUGGCUUUUUUGGGGCUAUCAUUACAGGUUAGUAUCCUUAUUUAAAAAUAUAAAACAUUUUCUGAAAUGUUUAGAAAUGUUCUGAAAUCUUUACAACCCUAACUUUUAGCCACUUUUUCAGUUUUAAAAAAUUAUACCUUAUAAUACUAUAGUUAUAAUUGUAUAACUUGUAUCUUUUUCUUUUAUGUAUACAUAGGGGCAACCAUAAUAUUAAGAAAAAAGUUUUCUGCUCACCACUUCUGGUCAGACUGUCACCUUUAUAAUGUCACAGUCAUACUUUAUAUUGGAGAAUUAUUCAGAUAUCUACUUGCUAAGCCAUCAGUGAGUAAUGAGUAACUUUUUUUGUUGUAAAAGAUCUUGAAAAACAUAAUUUUAGAUAAUAAAUCUAUUUGUUCUCUGCCUUUCAUGGUUUAUACUGAUAAAAUUGGCUAAAUUUUCAAUAUACAGUACAUCUACAGGGGUGGUAGAGAUAUCUAAUUGUAAUUAAUCAAUAAAUUAAUUAAAUAAAAAAUAAAUUAUUGUUGGAUAAAAAAUAGACUAAAUAUGUAGCCAUGCAUAAAUAUGUGGUAAUAAAUAUAAUUUUAUAAUAUUAUUUGCAAAUAAUUUUAAAAAAAAUGAUUUAACAUUAUAUAUAUGAUAUAUAGAUAAAGUGUAAGUGAAUAACGAAUAAAUAAAUUUUAAAAAGUGUAUAGUCCUUGUUUUUUUUUUAACAAUGGUAACCACAGGCAAAAUAAUUUUCUAAAUUUUCCAGAGCAUUUUGGAGUCUACCCACAAAGUAAGAGCAGCUUUUGGCAAUGGUUUAAGAAAAGAUAUCUGGUGUGAAGUCAAAACACGUUUCAAGAUUCCAAACCUUGUUGAAUUUUUUGGUGCUACAGAAGGAGUAAAAUCAACAUUCAAUGUAUCUGAUCAGCCUGGUGCCGUUGGAAGACUUUCUCCACUAUUGGUCAUUGAUAGGAAAUCUGUUAUUGAGUCUAAUUGUGCACAAUUAAUUAUUUAAAUAAACUCCCCCCCCCCCCAUAUCAAAAUUUGACUUUAUUUAAAAACAAUGAAUGUUUAAUAUAAUUAUUCAUAUUGGAAGACUUUCUCCACUAUUGGUCAUUGAUAGGAAAUCUGUUAUUGAGUCUAAUUGUGCACACUUAAUUAUUUAAAUAAACUCCCCCCCCCCCAUAUCAAAAUUUGACUUUAUUUAAAAACAAUGAAUGUUUAAUAUAAUUAUUCAUAUUGCUUCAGAGCAUGACAGAUCUUGUGCCAGCAGCACUUGUCAAGUUUGACUUUGCCACAGCCACUCCCAUAAGAGACAAAAAUGGGUUUUGCAUCAAAGUGGGGUUUGGUUAGUUUAAUUUUGUUAAAAAUGUAUUGUUGUAAAUAAAAUGUAGCACAUUCUCAAACACUUAGCUUCCAAAUUGAAUUAAAUAGAUUAAAGUAAUUUUUAGAGAUAAAUAUGCAGAAUUAUAAAAUGGUAAAAGUAAAAUAUAGAAAAAAUGUUAUUAUUGAUUAAAUAAAUAUAUUUUACACUUGUUUCUUAAUAAUUCUGAUGCAAUUUCAGGACAGCCUGGCCUUUUUCUUGCCAAAGUGCCAGAAAUGUUUCAAAAAAAUGGAACCUUAACUGUGUACAAAAGUUCUAGUGAAGAUAAUGAGAAGAAAAUAGUAAGGGGUGCCUUUACCAAUGGUGAUCUUUGGUUAAAUUAUGGAGAUGUCCUCAUUUUAGACAAGAACUACUUUCUUUAUUUCAGUGAUCGAAUUGGGGAUACAUUUAGGUAUAUAUGUGUAGGCUAUGUGUGUGUGUGUAAUUAGAAAAAAUCUCUUUAAUAACUUCAUUUUUAAUUUUCUUAUUUUUAACUAUAUGGCAAUGCCAUUUGACUUUUAUAAGCAGUGUCCUUACAGUCUAAACACAAAGUGAAGAGUAUCUGUAAAACAAAGAUAUUAUAGCCAAAUUUUAAUGGCUAAUUUAUCAACUGAGAGUCAGGUUUUUUGACACUUUAAGUUGUAGGAAAGCAAAUAGUGAAAUCAUGGUUUUUUGCUCUGUGAAACAAGGAUACAUGUAUGGAACAAAACAAAUUCUAUAAUUUAGAUAUAUUAAAAUUUUACCUAACUUUAACUUUUAAAUGACAUUACGAUGUUGUGCUAAGUGGUGUAAAUUAUUAAAGUCAUGCUUAUUCUUGUUUUACAUUACAGAUGGAAAGGUGAAAAUGUAUCAACUAUAGAAGUGGCCAAUGUGAUAACUGCUUUGAACUUUAUUGAAGAUACAAAUGUAUAUGGAGUUGAUAUUACAGGUUUAGUGUUUUUUUUCUUCAUAAGUGAAUGUUACAAGUUAUGCCCAUUGACUAUUAUCUGUAUCAUAAAUUCAAUAUUAUUUUUAAGCAGAUUUUUAUUUUAAAUUUACUUUUUAACAUUGGCUAAUUAUUUUUGCUAGUAAUCUGAACAUAAAUUAAGUGAAAAAAAAAUCAAUUUUUUAUAGUGUUUACAGACAUAUAAAUGAUUGAUGCCUCAUCAAUAUCAAUGAUUUAUAUUUAAAUUAAGUUAGAGCAAGAGAACAAAACAAAGUGAAAGGCUGCAAGUCACUAAUCCUACUCACACAAAAACUGCACACUUCCUAUGUAGUUCUCCAAAAACUAUUCCAAACACAAUUAAAAAAAUUAAAGUGAAUAAUCAUAAAUAAAAUAUAGAUUAUAUAAAAAUAUUUUAAAUUACAAUAAUUAUUUUGUCUAAAUGACCACCAAAAUCCUUUGAAUAAAUAUCUAUGAACUUAAAAUACCAGCCAAGAGUAUACAUUAUACAUGGGAUUUUCUGAUGACUUUUUAUUUAAUUAAAAUCAGUAAUAUGAUUUUCAUGGUGUAAUUGACAUGCUUUUCAACAAAAUAAUUAUGUGUUUCUAAUUCCCAUAGGCCAUGAUGGCAGAGCAGGUAUGGCUGCCAUCACAUUAAAAGAAGGCUCUCUACUAGGAACUUCAGAGCUAAAGGAGAUAUAUGAGCACAUAUGUCAAGAACUUCCAACUUAUUCAAGACCACUAUUUCUACGAUAUUUAAAAGAACAAAGCCUUACUGGCACAUUCAAACAGCGUAAAGUGGAGCUAGUAAAUGAGGGCUUUGAUCUUAAUUUAGUCAAGGAUGACUUGUACUUUUUAGACAAUGAGAAGAAAACUUACAGUAAACUUACACCAACAGAUCUAUCCAAAUUUUUGUCAUCCAAAUUAUAACUCUGAUAGAGUUUUCUUUCUCUAAAAAAGAGUGGGAAUCCUCUGAAUUAUGUAUUUCAAGCAAGGAUAUCUUUCAUUUCAACCUUUUAUGUAUUUUUCAUUAUGUGGUUUAAUUAUAGCCUCAUCAUUUUAUCCAUUUGAAUUUGGCACUGGCAUAUUACAAAGAUCUGUAACUUUGUGUGGCAUAUGUGGCAGGCACAAAGAUUUUCAAAAAGACUAAAAUAUGGUAGAGCAGGGAGACAGAAAGUUGGCACUUUGAAUGAAUUCGACAGGUACUUUGAUACAAUAUUCUCAUUGCCAACCCACAAAAUUAUGGUACUUUUUUUUUGUCAAUUAUCAAAAUUUUACGGUUUUUAAAUCCCUUGGCACAUGCUCGAGUAUUUGAAUGGAUUAAUCUAAAAUGCCUCUUCAUUUGUUUAUUAUUGAAGCUUAUUCAUAAAUUAAUAAAGAAUCAGGUUACUAAAUAAAUUUAACACUGUUUAUUUACAUUAGAAUACAGAAACAGUAAUAUCCACAGUUAAGGCAUGGUUUAGAGCAGUGUUUAUCAAAUGGUGGUCUGCACACCAGCACUGGUCCACAAGUGUUACAUUGCCGAUCUGCACAACAUGAAUAUUUAUGGUCAAAUAAAAAGAACAUUUAAUUAAUAAAUCUGGCACCGGUCCCUGAUACUAUUUCAAAACAAGUCCUUAGGUCUGCCAAACUGAUAAGUUUGAGAAAUGUUGGUUUAGAGGAAAAGAGAAAAGAAUUACAUGCAAGGAAAAAGACAGUUAAUAUAAGUAAAAUGAUGUAAUGGUUAUGGUUUUUAUACACAAGAGAUUAUGAAUGCCAAAAAUAUCUUUGCAGAAUUAUUGGUUAUAACUGUCUUUGCUUGAAAUGAAAUCAAAAUGGCCCUUACAAGCUCAUUGUACAGCUGCUCUUUGCAAUUGAUUAUAAACAUGGUAUUUACAGACUUCCUUAUUCCUGCAAGACUUUGCAACAUGCAAAGAAUGGGUUGGUCUAAUAAUGAAUAAACUUAUAAACAAAUUCCACAAUAGUAGGAUAAUAUAAAUAAUUACAUUAUGUUCUUUUUAGCAACUUUUGAACAUUUUUUUAGAAAAAUCUUAUUUUUGAUACUCCCAGCUAACUUAGUUGUGGUCAUUAAUAAUUAAUUAAUAGCAAAAGAGUGAAAGAAACAGAUAUAAUAUACGAGAAAAUGAUCAUCAACGUGAUGGUUGAACCAUGUCUCUUAGUUAUGUUAAAAAAUGUUGGCCAUGAACUUUUUUUAUUGGCAAUUUUUCUGUAUAACAAAAUCAAAGAAAAUAAACGUUUAAACUCUU